AUGCAUACCAAAUUCAAGCUCAAUACUGGUGCCGAGAUCCCAGCCAUUGGUUUUGGUACCUGGCAAGAUGCGGAAUCACAGGAGGCUGCUGUAGGAGAAGCAAUCAAAGCUGGCUACCGUCACAUCGACACGGCCAGAGUCUAUCUCACCGAAGAAGCAGUUGGAAAAGCAAUUGCCAAAUGCGGCGUCCCCCGCAAGGAACUUUUUGUGACCACAAAACUAUGGAAUAACAAGCACCACCCCGACGACGUGGCCGGCGCUCUCCAACAAUCCCUCACCGACCUAGGCCUUGAAUAUGUCGACCUAUUUCUAAUCCACUGGCCAGUUGCCUGGAAACGCGGCGAAGAGCUGUUCCCCAAAAAGGGCGAGAACUAUAUUCUCGAAAAUAUCGACAUCGUUGACACCUACAAAGCAAUGGAGAAGCUUCUCAAAACAGGCAAAACCAAAGCCAUCGGCGUAUCCAACUGCUCCAAGUCCGAAAUGGAGCGGCUAGUCAAAGAAGUAUCCGUCAUGCCAGCAGUGCACCAAAUGGAAUGUCACCCCUGGCUCCAACAAGAGGCCUUCACUGCAUGGCACAGAGAGAAAGGAAUCCACGUCACGCACUACUCGCCCUUUGGAAACCAGAACUCGUUCUACGGAGACAAAGGGGUGGCGGGCAAAUUAAUUGACGAGCCGCUUUUAGCGGAAAUUGGAAAGCAGUAUGGGAAAAACGCUGCCCAAACUGCUCUUGGUAACGUGGGGGGGAUUACCCAGGGUCAUUCAGUGCUUCCGAAGUCCAAGACGCCGUCGCGGAUCAAGGCGAAUCUAGAGAGUGACUUCAAGUUGAGUGAAAAGGAUAUGGAGAGUAUUCGGAAGCUUAACAAGAAGAUUCGGUUCAAUGAUAGUAGUGGGGAAUUUGGGAGGGACUUUUUCGAUGGUUGUGAAGAUAAGUAG